AUGGAAGAAAUGGAGCCUGAAGAUGAAAUUGCCAUUGUAGGGAUAGCUUGCAAUUUUCCUGGAGGAGAAGGAACUGACAAUUUCUGGCAAGUGCUGACAGAAGGCAGAAACUGUACUGUAGACAUACCUCCAGGAAGAUUUAAUGUCGAGGAAUGGUAUGAUCCAGAUACUAACAAACCAGGAAAAAUAUACACAAAACGUGCUGCUCUUCUUGCCGAAGUCAACGCAUUUGACAACAAGUUGUUUGGCAUCCAUGAUCUGGAAGUGGAACGUAUGGACCCUCAGCACAAACUACUGCUGGAGUGCACCUACAAAGCUCUGGAAGAUGCAGGGAUACCCACAGAGGAUAUUAGUGGCACUAAAACUGGGGUUUUUGUGGGUCUGAUGAAUCGUGACUAUGAGGUCGUAAACAGCAAAUCAAUAACAGAAGUGAACCAUUAUGAUGGUACUGGGGCAGCGGUGAGCAUAGCCGCUAACCGGAUUUCAUACACUUUUAAUCUGACUGGACCAUCCCUUGCCCUUGAUACUGCCUGCUCCUCCUUUUUUUAUGCACUGCAUUAUGCCUUACAUGCAAUCAAACAAGGUGACUGUGAAGCAGCAGUAUGUGGUGGAGUGAGCUGUAUCCUAGAUCCUCGCACUUUUGUGUCUCUAUGCAAAGCAAAAAUGAUCUCUCCUGACGGGAUGAGCAAACCGUUUUCUAAAAACGCAGAUGGCUACGGAAGAGGAGAGGGCUGUGGCGUUCUUUUACUGAAACCACUGAAGAAGGCACAAGAAGAUUUCAACAAAAUAUGGGGUAUCAUCAGCAUCAGUGCAGUCAACCAGAAUGGAAGAUUUGUCACUCCAAUCACCAGACCAUCUCAGCAGCAACAGGAGAACUUACUGCUCAGCAUUUAUCCAGUUCAUGUUGAUCCAUCCACUGUACAGUAUGUCGAAGCACAUGGCACAGGAACCCCUGUAGGAGAUCCCAUUGAGGCAGAAGGUCUCGCCAAUGUCAUCAGUAAAAAGAGGUCUCCUAACCUGCCCCCUCUCAAGAUUGGCUCGGUUAAAGGGAACAUUGGACAUACAGAAUCAGCAGCUGGGGCAGCAGGAAUAAUCAAAGUUCUUCUCAUGAUGCACCAUGGAAAGAUUGUUCCAUCCUUGCACUUUUCAGAGAGCAACAGCAGCAUAAAUACAGAGAAGCUAAACCUCUCCAUCCCAACAAUGGUGGAAAAGUGGGAUGAGUCUAGUGAAUUUGGCAGAGUAGCUGGUAUCAAUUGUUUUGGAUUUGGGGGAACCAAUGCCCACGUAGUUGUCAGACAGUUUAAACACACCCAGCUUCUUUCCCCGGUUAAAAGGCCUGUUGAAUUGUUUGUCACCUCUGCAGCCUCAGGUAAUUCUCUCAAACUGACAAUAGAAGACACAGCUAGGCAUGUCAACACAAGUGACUCAGCAACGCUCCCAAAUCUGGCCUACACAUCUGCCUGUAGAAGAAGCCACAUAAACUACAAACACAGAAAAGCCUUUGUGGCAUCCUCUCUUCAGAACUUAGAGCAACAGCUUCUUUCUGCAGCUGAAAUGGAAACAGUUCCAUUGAAGAAGCCUCCACAAUUAAUUUAUGUGUUUUCUGGAAAUGGCCUGAAUUUGAAAGGGAUAUUUGGGACCUUGCUGAAAAAUGAGCCAGUCUUUAGAGACAAAUGUAAAGAAGUAGACCAAUUAUUUCAAAAACAUUUCUUCAGUAGCAUUUUAGAAUUAAGUGAAACUGACCAUGAGGAUUUGUCGAGGCCUGACAUCGCCCAACCCUUACUCUUCACACUGCAGGUGGCUUUGUUUUCACUUCUGCAGUAUUGGGGAAUUAAGCCAAUUGCCACUGUUGGCCAUUCAGUUGGUGAGGUGGCUGCUGCCCAUUGUGCUGGCUUCCUCUCCCUGGAAGAUGCAGUCAAAGUCAUCUAUCACAGGAGCAGGCUCCAAGCUAAGGUCACUGGUGGAAGAAUGCUGGUGGUUGGGAACAUCCCUGUUCAAGAAGUGUCAGCAGCCCUGGGAGCAUAUUCAGGAAAAGUCUGUGUAGCAGCCUUUAACAGUCCUCAGUCUUCUACAUUGUCAGGAGAUGCAGAUUCCAUCAAUGCUGUUCAGAAGCAUUUAGCUGAACACUUCAGCAAAACAAAGAUAUUUCUUCAUCUUUUAAAUGUCCCAGCUGCAUACCACAGCCACAUGAUGGAGCCAAUCCUGCAAGAGAUAACAGAAAAUCUAUCCUUGUUAGAGAAACAGAAGCCUGAAAUGGAGGUGUUUUCAACACUGACCGGGAAAACUGCCUCAGAUGAUGAUUUUGUUACAGGCACCUACUGGGCCAGGCAGGUACGGGACCCUGUUUCUUUUGCAGAGGCCAUAAUGACUUCAGUGAAAGGCAAGGAGAAUGCUGUGUUUGUAGAAAUUGGGCCCCAAAGAGCAUUGCAGAGGUACAUAACCGAAACAUUAGGGACACAGGCUAAAGUAUUUUCUUCUUUGCAAAUUAACAAAGAAUAUGAGACGCUACUUACACUUAUGAAAGGCCUUUUUGAACUGGGUUUCAAUCUGAUUUGGCAACAUGUCUACGAGGGAUAUCAGGGAGCCCCAGCAAGCUAUCCCAGAUAUUGGUUUGAUCGUAAGAAGCACACCCCCUAUAUGGAUGUCCUCCAAUGGCAAACUCAGGAAGCUGCAAAUUUAAACCAUCCUGUCGUUCACAAUGUUAGCAACGUCAAUGCAGAAUUCAAGUAUUCCAUAUCUCAGGCAGCAACCGCAUAUCUGUACGAGCACAAGCACAAUGGUGUCGCUCUAGUUCCUGGUGCCUUUUUUGUUCAACUUGCUUUGGCAGCUCUGAUGACAUCCUCAAGAACAAAAGUGCCCUUAAGUUUGGGGCAGAUGAACAUCAAGUUUUCAUCCCCUUGUGUUUUAAGUAAAAGUUCUCACGAUCUGAAGGUAAAAGUGGAAUCACAAAAAGAAGCGAGAGAUUUCAAAAUACUGUCCCCAUCAGGGGCAGUUUAUGCAUCAGGACAAGUCACAGGGAACCCAGAAAGCUCCCUUGAAGAAAAGAGCAUUUCCUAUAAAGACGUCUUUCUACGAUGUAAAUCUUUCAUAAGCACAGAUGAGAUAUAUGAAACAUUGACUUCCAUUGGAUUCCAAUAUGGUACACAAUUCAAGCAGCUAAGUGAUGUAUUUUAUUGUGAAGAACUGAAGGAAGCAAUUACCAUAAUGAAGGUGAAAAAGCAGACCACAGAAGAAAUGCAUGAGUAUGUUAUCCAUCCAGUUCUCUUAGAUUGUUUUCUUCAAAUGACAGUGGUAAUGAUCACAAAAACUUUUUUCAAAAAUACGAUAGGCUUUCCUUCUGGAAUAAGCAGCCUUGUAAUUGUUCGACCUUUGGAAGAGGAAAUGAUGAUAUAUUUGAAAACAAGCAAGUCUACUGAGAACUAUUUAGAGUUUUGUGGAUGCUUCACAGAUAAACAUGGCUUUGUUUUGGUUGAGUUAAAACAUGUUCGGAUAACUUUCAUGAAUGAAACUGCCAGGAGAGAAAAUGAUUUAUUAUUUGAAAAUAAAUGGAAGGAGACUAACCGUUCCCAGAUAAUCCAAAACUCAGGAGAACCACCCAGCGUUGCAGUGUUUGCUGACAAAAUUGGAGUAUCUCAGCAGCUCAAAAAACACUUACAUAAAAAUUCUAGGCUAUUAAUGUAUGAAGAAUGGGAAAAAUUAUUGGAUUCCAACAAACCAGAAUCAGCUGCAUGGAACAAAGUUAAAGAAGAGGUGCAGGGCUACAGUGAUGUUUUGUUUAUGUGGGGAAUCCAAAAACUGAAUGAUGAAAACCCAGAUGCUGUUGUUGCAAGUUUAUCAAAGUGCUGCGAAGCCCUUCGACAAGUUAUUAUUGCUCUGAGAGAGAAGAACAGCCGUUCUUCUAUCAGGAUAAUCACUUACAGGACAACAGACAAGAACGUGGACCACAUUAACCCUGGCUUUGCUUUGUAUGGCAUGGGACGGACCUGCAUGCUUGAAGUGACUGACAUCACAUUUCAGAUGAUUGAUAUCAGCUCAACAAGUACCAUGGACGUCUUAGCCUUAGCAGAUGUUUUAGUAGCGUAUGAAGCUCAACAGUAUCCUGAAGUCUGGAUUAAUCAGGGGAAUAUUUAUACUUCUGAAAUCAAGCGUACCCAGACUGAAAAUAUAUACUCCAAUUUACCCUCUCAGAUCUCUCAGAACUCUGAGCUGUUUACUCUUUACACUUCUGAGCCUUAUGAAGUAGGAGAUGUGUUUGCUGAGCUGGAUGAUGACACUGAUAUUCCUCUUGAUAAUUAUAGUGUGGAAGUGCAAACUGAAAAAAUAACUCUCCAUUCUGAAGACUAUUUUCCUGUUAGUGUUUCCAGCUGGAACUUUGGAAGCACGUUAUAUUGGAAUUCACAGACAGUCGAUAAAUACAAACUCUUGGCUCUGGAUUUCAGUGGGACAGUCGUUGCAACAGGUCGUAAAGUGAAUAAGUUCAGUGUGGGAGAUCAUAUAGUUUCAUGUUAUCCAGUUGUUGCAGCUUCACGACUCAAAGUCCCAGAGGCAAUGUGUCUUAACACCCAGAAAUUUCCAUGCUUUGGAAAUGUACCAUACGUAUCCUUUUUCAGGAUAGCAUGGGAAAUUUUGCAUCAGACUUUACCAAAAAUGAAACAGAAUUAUUUCUUAGGCAUUAUUUCUACUGAACCAGAAUCAGUUUUCUGCAAAGUACUUAUGCACUCAGCUCAUGAAGGAGGCUGGAAAACUAAAUGUACAAUUCUUGACAGCAGCCUGGAGCAAUGUAUAGGUCAGUGCAGUGUCCUUGUUUUCCUGCCUCCGCUGGAAAGAUUACCCGAAGAUGUUUUAGCUCGUCUUUCACAUCUCCAGCAUGUAGUGGUAAUACUUGGCAAUCACCAUUCUGAACACCUAAGGUCUGUCAUGAGAAAUGGCCAUGAAAACUUUCAAAUUCAUGUUGUCAGUCUUGCAACGAUUUUUCAGAAAGCAUCUCUGAAACAAUCCCACAAACCUUUCACCAGCUGGAUGAAAUCUAUGCAACUCAAGCAAUUUAAGAAUUUACCUUGUUCCCUUUUUCAGUGGACAGUAAAAGGUGCGUUAUCAUCCCAUUUUACCUGUAAAUCUAUCCCAUUUGCUUUGUUGAAAAGUGAUGCAAAUAGCAGCUGUGUUCCUGACAUACCAGUGUUUGAAACCAAGAGGAAACUGUUUAAGCAGAAUGCUGUUUACAUAGUCACAGGUGGACUCACAGGGCUUGGCUUUGAAACCGUGAAGUUUAUUGCUCAAAAUGGAGGAGGCUAUGUUGUGAUUCUUUCCCGGAGAAGCCUCAGUGCUGAAAAGCAAAAAGAAAUAAGUGAUUUGCAGAAACAAUAUGAACGGAGCAGAAUAUUUAGUCUGCAGUGCAACGUAAUCUUUAGGUCUGAAGUUGAGAGAGCUAUCAAUUCAAUCAGCAUCAUCUUUCCAAAAUUCCCAAUCAAAGGUGUAUUCCACAGUGCUGUGGUCUUACACGAUGGAAGCAUUGGAGCUCUGACUCUUGCUUCAUUUGAAGAAGUUUUAAGUCCAAAGGUUGCUGGAGCCAUCAAUCUUCAUCAUGCUACUCAAGGGAAGGAUCUGGACUAUUUUGUGUGUUAUUCAUCAGUUUCUUCCUUCAUUGGAAAUGCAAUGCAAGCAAACUAUGCUGCUGCCAAUUCCUUCCUGGACCACUUCUGCCAUUACAGGAGAAACUGCGGAUUGCCAGGUCAAUCCAUCAACUGGGGUGCCUUGAAUCUUGGAAUACUGCAAAAUCAAAAUGACAUUCAAAAUCUUUUGGAAUCAAAAGGCAUAUCGAUUAUGCAGGUGAAUGAAAUUUAUGAGUAUCUUAAAACAAGCUUAAUUUUAAACAAUCCUCAGCAAGCGGUGGUAAAACUGAACUUUAAAUCUUUGAUUAGGUACGUUUCUCGAAAUCUCGCAUUCAGAACUCGCAUAUAUUCAGUUGUUAGUGAUGUACUUAGUAGUAAUGCUGAACUUGCAGAACAAACUUCAUCCAACGAGUUCAUUACAGAAAAAUCUGAAGAUUAUAUUAUGUCAUUGGUGAGCCAACUCAGUGGUUCAGACCCAGGUGACAUUUCAAUGGAUGCCUCACUUUUGUCUGUUGGGAUAGAUUCUAUGUUAGCUAUGACUCUACAGAAUCACAUUUUUCAGGAAAAAGGGGUAGAUAUACCAGUUGUGAAAUUACUUGAUCCUGAAACCACAGUUCUUCAAUUAGUGUCAUUCUUAGAAGAGUCAUCUGAAGAGAAAAUGCCUGAAGGAGAAUAUAAGGAGAAACAGAAUACUGGAGGAGAAAAAUGGAGUACGUAUUUGUAG